AUGUCAACAAUCGGCACAACAACACUUCAAACAACAACAGCACCAAACUCGUUAGUCAUGAAUCCUACGUCAAUGUUAGUAGAGAUGAAAAGCUUCAUUCCUUCUUCAUAUACUUUCGAAACAGAAAUCCAGAAGAUAAAGCAAGAACUUUUAACAAGUACUUUGGACUGUAGUGCGAAAGAUGAAACAAAUGAACAGUAUCUUUAUGAAAUGGAGGACAUUAUUGACCAUUUACCCAAAUUGCCUGAAAUUCAGCAGCAAAAGCUCACUAUUCCUGAAUUCGAUGAAAUAGAAGUCAAAGCAACUGACUCAGUAGAAAUAAAGAAGUUCAUACGAAAGGUAAACUAUGAGUUUCUAGGAUUUCAUUGCAACCAUAAGGUUAUGGACAAAGAUUGCGACAUGUUAUAUAAGAACAUCUCUGACAUAUAUAAAUCUGAAGAAUUUAAGACCUACGACAA